AUGGUGGACUGCGAAGCGGGGACCGGUGCGGACCCGACGUCGCUUCGGCCACGCAGCCUUUGGUCCGAUUUCUUCAAGCAGCUAAAGGAGACGGCCGACCUCGACCUGCGCGCCGUUCGGUUCGAGUCGCUGAAGCAAGGCUCCGCGCCGCCGCUGGCCGAGUAUCGGGUCGUCUUUGACAACCGUGUCGAGGCGCGGUAUGAGGGGCCCGAUUGGAAGGUCUUUCUCGACGAGUUGCUGCCUGCAGCGGCCGUGCAGAAGCCGCAGUCGAUACAGGCAGAGUCCGACGACGCCACCAUCGCCGCCGAAGAAUACAUGGCGGCAUGUACCGCACGCGCAUGA